GCCCCGGCGGAGGCAGGCGGCCGUGCCCGCGGCAGACGCGCAGCCCCGCCGCGACAUGGCCGGCCGCCGCCUCCUGGGGCUCCUCCUCGCCUUCGCCGCGCUGCUGGGCGCAGGUCAUGGGGAUGACCCAGGUGACUUCAACCUAGAAGAUGCCCUGUUUGGCCCCAGCACCAAGCGACCCACUCCCAAGGGUCCCAGAAAGCCGGCAGGUGGGGCAGACUUUGAUUUGGCUGAUUACUUUGACACCACUCUGGAGACUACCACCAAACCAGCCAAGCCAACUCCAAAGCCCUUUCCCAGACCGGGGAAGCCAGAUAACAGCUUUUGGGAUGUCAUCCGCACCACCACAACCAAACAGCCAAAAACUACGAGGGCCCCCCCCAAGCCUAACCCAGCAAAGGAUCCUUUGGAUUUUGACUUGGCUGAUGCCCUUGAUGAUAAGAAUGAUGGGAAAGAUGCUGGGAGGCCGGACGUAAGGCCAGGUGAAGGAUUUUCAGACGACGACCUGGCCAGCAUUGUGGACGGCGGGUACAGCCCGGACAAGAAGAAAGGUGCCGGGGGCAGCACCGACAGCGACUAUGACGGAGGCAGAGUGGCAGAGACUGGGACGAUUGCCGGCAUCGCCAGCGCCCUGGCCAUGGCACUCAUCGGGGCCGUCUCCAGCUACAUCUCCUACCAGCAGAAGAAGUUCUGCUUCAGCAUCCAGCAGGGACUUAAUGCGGAAUAUGUGAAAGGAGAAAACAUGGAAGCUGUUGUAAGCGAGGAACCCCAAGUUAAAUCUUCAGUACUGGAAACACAAUCAGCAGAACCACCAAAACAAGACAGCGCGAAGAUGUAAAGCAUGACCCGGGGCUAGAAAAGAAUCAGCAGCAAAGAUCUUACAUGCUUGUAAUUUAGCUUUUUAUUUAAUUUGACUCCAAAGCUAUUUAAUGUGUAUUUAAGCUUGAACUGGCUUCUUACUGCUCUAGGCUUUAGGGUUAGAGUGGCACUAUGUGUUUUACUUUUUGUAAACAGGUAUAUGUUUACAUUGAAUUAAUAUCGUAGGUUUGAUGUCCAGUUGUAUGCAAACCAACAGAAGGUACUUCAGUAGCAGACGGUUUUCAGUUAAGGGACAAGGUCUUUUUCAAGGAGCAGAAGAGCUUACAGGUGUGAGGACAGUGAAGUGCCUGUAAAUAGCAAUCCAAAGCAAACAUUCAAAGCCCUUUGUAAAGCACCUCCAGCCAACCUCUGCCAUCAGCUAUGGGCACGUCACUUGCAGCGGUGAUGAAAAGUGCCCGUUUCCUGAGGGCAGACUGCAGUCCUUAGUGUAGCUACACCUAAAAAUGAAGUGCCUAUGGGGGGGUCCUUCGGUGGGGCCUGGGGCUGAGGUGGGUGACUCCCUGCUCCGAAGCCAGGAGUUGAGGAUGCUUCACCACCACGCAGCGCCAGGCUUCUAACCAAAUAAAAGGACCCAGUUUUCAUGCCCACUCAUAAAUACAGGUGAUAGCAGUGGGUGCAGCGUUCACUUUUAACAAAUACUAUUUGAAUCCUUGGCUAUGCUGGAGAUCAGAAUGGAGCUGAUGGUGCCAGGCGAUACAGUUCGUGUGAUGCAAGAUACCUGCACUGUCACUGAAAGGAAGACUGUGUGUUGGGAUGCUUUCAAGGACAGGUUCCAAUCUCAUUCAUGCUAGAACCAAUUACAGAUUUAACCCAAAAGAAAAUAAAGUAGGUAUCUGUUAAGACCUGUAACACUCACUACGAGAGAAGUCAAGCUUAGCCAGACGCAGUCCCCACCUUCUUUUACCAGCAGCUAUUGAGAGCACUCCCUAGCACCUGAGGCAGAAACCCCCCAAUACAAAGGUUCAUCCAUUGUGUCACCGACUAACCUUUAAAAGAAGCAGAAUCUCCUGAGAGGAUGGGUCCUCCAUCACCGCCCUGCGUGGGGUUCCUGCAGCUUUCUGGGAAGCAUCGGGCUGCAAGCGGUGCUCAGCAGGACACGGGGCUACCACCACGGAGGCACACGAUCCCACCCAAGGGCUCACACAACCCUCUUCAACGCUGCAGAACCAGUAUGGAGACCUGCCCUUCGCUAUCUUGCAAGAAUUUGUGUUUACGUUCCUAAUCCCUCCCCAACCCUUUUUUAUUGAUGCUAAAAUGUGGAUGCUGCCGCUUUCUGAUACAUCUAUCAAAAUCGAUGAUUGCUUAACAAGCAUGCUCUCAAACUAAGGAAAACUCCCUUCACGUGGUGUAAGAGGUACUCACUAUUUAUCUAUCAGCCUGAAGCACGUGCAUUUUGUACUGUUUUGCAAGUCCCGUAUUUUGUGAGUGUGUAAUAACAAAAAGCCUUUCGGUUUGAUGUACAAAUUCACAGCUUUCAGGUAGACAUGACUUACAGAAGGCCUUGCUGGGAGGUGAGCCAGGCUAGGAGCAUUGCUGCCUCACAGCUCCAUUCGAAAGGAAAUUGCCUAGUAACAUAGUUAAGUGUUUUGCAAUAGCUGCACAAUUCUUUAUGUUCUUUUUAACACUUGCAUUUUUAAAGCCUUACACUAGCGGAACAGCUACAGUGUUUUAUAAGGGAGAUGAGCUGUAGGGAUAUGUGGUCCCUCACGUGCACUCAGAACACUUAACGCUACAACAAUACCGCUACGAACUACUGCUGCUUUGUUUUAUGAACGCGUUUGGAUUAGAAAACAAAAAUAAUUAUUGGCUGCUCAGAGAGUGGAAGCAGAGGCAACAGAGGUGGGGUGCAGUCUGUGUUUGCUUGCUGCCAGGGCAGGCUUUUCAUGGAGGAAGCGUGGUCUGCAGGGUUCGGAUCCUGGCGCACGGCAGCUCCGACGCCGGCGAAGCCACGCAGCCGAGCGUGUGGAUCGCCGUUUCCAAGCGCCGCCGCCUGUCUUAGCCAAACACAUGUGAAAGCUGUAGCAUAGGAAAAUGUUUUUAUAAAGUUACUGUAGGCGACAUGUUAGAACAUGGCAUUGAUGAUCACCAGAGGCAGUUUUCCUAGCUUAGACCGAGUGACCAUAAUCCCGUUUCUCCUUUUGCCCAUCGCCGGUUUUAUUGCACUAUGUACCUGUGCCCCCCACCGUUCGUCUAGUGGGCAGUGCUGGAGCAUCCAGCAUCGCUUAAAGACCAGAGCACCUACUCCUCCUUUGGGGAGCUCUUACACUAGAACAUAGGAGAAACACAUGUCUAAUACACAAAGACUACUUUAAAAAAAAAAAAAAAAGAAAAAAAAGGGCAAAAAGCUGUUUCAUUGAAAAAAACCCACUCAGUUUUUAGAACUCAGAAGUUGCUCGUUCCCCCAAGGCCUUUUCUACGACUUUGGUGAAUACUUAUGCUUUAGUGUAAUUUCCAGGUAUGUGGAAAAUCAUAAAUGCACAGUGAAAAGGAGCACUUUUCAAAAAUAUACAGUAACAGAAUUCAAGAUCUCUUUCAUUAUGAUUUCCAAUAGGAAAAUAUUGACAAAUACCGCAGUAAAGAAAUUAAACUUGGUCUUCUCUUCAAAACUGGACAAAAGUCAAAGUCUGAUUAUGCUAUAUGUCAUUAAAGGCUUAAAUUGCUUUUUAUUGCGGUCAGUCUCCUUCUCCAUCUAACUGUCAGACCAGUCUUUGAGAAAUAGUUUUUUUUUUUACAUCAUCUGUAUUUCAGGCAUUAUAGCAGCUGAGAGGAUUCCUGUGUGUUUUCCUAGUUGUGAUCCAAGUUCUGAAACAACUGACCCAGCACUGACCUCUCUUAACUACUUUCAUUUAAUUAGUAUCUAUUCUCUAAAUCUAGCUAGGUAAUUGUAAAAGAUCUUGCACUUAGGUUCUGUAUACAUGGUACGAACUUUCAUACUUUAUUAAAAAAGGCCAUAAACCACUGGAAAACAGGGAUUUUUUUUUUUUUCCAUGAGUCCAAACCUAUAUAUACAGCUGUCCUGAGAGUUUAUGUACUGCCUGUGCUGUGAGCUCUUUUUCUUACCGCACCUCACUUCAGCUUAACUAACGCUAUUUUUAAAUAGCAAUAAAAUUAUUCAGAAAAGGUUUCUCAAUUACAGAGAACUGACAAGAAUUUAACUAGCUCUUUUCCUGUUGUUUAUUUUAUCAAUUACUUGCAUUUUCCUUUGGCGAUACUGUAGUAGUUCCUUAAUUUGAGAUUUGGCAAUAGUGAGUAGUUUCUUCAUGUGAGAACACUCUGACAUGAAUUUCAGAUUAUUUUGGCGCUAUAAACUCCGUCUUUUUCAUGCAACCCCACUAAUGAACCCUUAUAACUGCUAUUAUUGUCAUUCUUAACUACUCAUUUGUUGUGAUAAAAGCAGAAUUAAGUCCAUAAUACCAUUUCAAAUUCUGAAAAAGUAAGAUGACAGGCUAAGGCUUUAAAAAUCUGCUUCGGCAACAAAGCAGGUUCAGGAACAAAUGAAGUUCAGAAACAACGGUGGUGUGAAAUUAGAGAAUCCUUUCUUUUGACUGAAGUACUUAUUACUUAAAAGGAAGGCAUAUUUGCUGAUGCAGAAGCGAUCUAUACCAAAUGAAGGUUGAAUGUUAUAUUGUAAGAAAACAAGAUUCAUUUUGCUAACAUGCAUGUAAGGAUCAUGGGGGUAAAAACCAGAAUUUGACUACCGCUGGAAAACACCGAAUAAAAUAAGUUGACUAGUAA